GGUGCCUAUGCCUUCGUCUGGAAGUGCAUGGAGAGGUCCACCGGGCGGCUCAUCGCGGUGAAAGGCUUCAAGCAGGCGCAUGAGAUACCGGAGAUUAUGCGUCUUGCAGUACGGGAGGUGCAGGUCCUUCAGAUGCUCAAACACCCUGCCAUCAUUCCGCUGAUAGAGGCCUUCAAGUCCAAGUCGGGCCGGGUGUACAUGGUCUUCCCUUUCGUGGAAUCUAACGCGUAUCAGUGGUUUCAGGAGUUUCCUGAGGGCAUCCCCAUGCCCUGGCUGAAGCUGGUGGUGUGGCAGCUGCUGCAUGCCUUAGCCUACCUGCACCAGCGAAAGGUCGUCCACCGCGACAUCAAGCCGGGCAACAUCCUGCUGUCGGAGGGCGGCGGGGUCAAGUUGUGUGACUUUGGCUUCGCUCGUACCACCCACUGCGGCCCCCGGGACGCGGAGGACUUGACCAGCUAUGUGGUCACUCGCUGGUACCGGGCACCGGAGGUGCUUGUGGGCGACCGCUACGGCCCCGCCUGCGAUAUCUGGUCACUGGGCUGCACGGUGGCAGAGCUGGCUACGGCAAGGCCAUUGUUCCAGGGCAACUCCUCAGCAGAGCAGCUGUGGCGCAUCAUGCGAUGCUUCGGGCCCCUGACAGCCUCCCAGGCAUCCUGUAUGUCCUCCAACCCCCUAUACACAAGAGUGCGCGUCACAACACGAGGCCGCACCCUCCGCGAGCGCUUGUUGGGCUGCGACCCGGACCUGUUCUGCCUGGUAGAGUCAUGUCUGCAGCUGGACCCCAGCGACAGACCCACCGCCAGAGAGCUGCUGCAGUCACCGUACUUCUCG